AGGAAACCAAAUCGCUUCGGAACGUUGAGCCCUGUUGUGUGUGUUUAGCUAGCUACGCGUUGCUACCAGACGGCUACGAAAUGUUUGCGACAUUCAUUCACUAAUCUACUGCAAUCUCUGCGUGAAGAUCUGAGGAUUUGUCUGUGUUUCAUUCGAAGUUGCAACGCGACAAUGAGCUGCACCAACAGCUAGCGAGCUAGCUAAUUAGUCUGAUUUCGUUGUUCCUUCGUUGUGUCCAAGAACAAGGCAUUAUUGUUACAUGUGGGCUGGUUCUGAAAGACAGCGACUGGAGAGAGGGAACGGAACUGAGCGCACAAUAAGCGGUUGACAGGUGCCUUUACACGGAUUGGUGCGGUACAGAGAUGCCGGUCCAAAGAACUAUGUCUGAUCUCCGAUCCCGGGUGGAAGGGUACGAGAAGACGGAGGAUGCCUCGGAGAAGACCUCCCUGGCCGAUCAGGAGGACGCCAGGCUGAUCUUCAUCAACCAGCCCCAGUUAACCAAGUUCUGCAGCAACCGUGUCAGCACUGCAAAGUACAAUUUCCUCACGUUCCUGCCGAGAUUCCUCUAUUCUCAGUUCAGGAGGGCAGCCAACUCCUUCUUCCUUUUCAUCGCCCUCCUACAGCAAAUUCCGGACGUUUCCCCGACGGGACGAUGGACCACCCUGGUGCCCCUGCUGUUCAUCCUGGUGGUUGCGGCCGUGAAGGAGUUCAUAGAAGACCUGAAACGGCAUAAUGCAGACGGCGUCGUAAACAAGAAGGAAACGCAAGUGCUGAGGAACGGGGCCUGGGAGAUUGUGCACUGGGAGAAGGUUUCCGUUGGGGAGAUAGUCCGAGCCACCAAUGGAGAUCACCUCCCUGCCGACCUCGUCAUUCUCUCAUCCAGUGAGCCCCAAGCAAUGUGCUAUAUUGAGACAUCAAACCUAGAUGGAGAGACAAACCUUAAAAUACGACAGGGCUUACAGAUCACAGCAGAAAACAAAGACAUUGACAGCCUGACCAGGCUGUCUGGACGGAUGGAGUGUGAGAGCCCAAACCGUCACCUGUACGACUUCGUCGGCAACAUGAGACUGGAAGGCCACAGCACCGUGCCCCUGGGUCCGGACCAGAUACUGCUGAGGGGGGCCCAGCUGAGAAACACGCAGUGGGUCCACGGCAUCGUGGUCUACACCGGACACGACACCAAGCUCAUGCAGAAUUCCACACGGCCACCCCUGAAGCUGUCGAAUGUGGAGCGCAUCACCAACUUCCAGAUCCUGGUUCUGUUCGGCUGCCUGCUGGCCAUAUCGCUCGUGUGUUCCAUCGGUCAGACCAUAUGGAAGGCGCGUCACGGAAACGACGCCUGGUACAUGGACCUCAACUACGGCGGCGCCGCAAACUUCGGCCUCAACUUCCUGACCUUCAUCAUCCUCUUCAACAACCUGAUUCCCAUCAGCCUGCUGGUCACCUUGGAGGUCAUCAAGUUCGUCCAGGCCUACUUCAUCAACUGGGAUAUGGACAUGCUUUAUGAACCCACCAAAACCCCAGCCAUGGCGCGGACAUCUAACCUCAACGAAGAACUGGGACAGGUGAAAUAUAUCUUCUCAGACAAAACCGGGACCCUGACCUGCAACGUGAUGCAAUUUAAGAAAUGCACCAUCGCGGGCGUGGCUUACGGCCACUGUCCUGAAGCUGAGGACCUUAGUAUGUCAGGGGACGACUGGCACACAGCGCAAUCAGCCGAAGAAGGAGGGUUUAAUGAUUCCAGCUUACUGGAAAAUCUCCAGAGCAAUCAUCCCACUGCCCCUGUGAUCCUGGAUUUCAUGACCAUGAUGGCGAUAUGUCACACCGCCGUCCCAGAGAGGAGCGACGAUAACAUCAUCUAUCAGGCGGCCUCUCCAGACGAGGGGGCGUUGGUGAGAGCAGCUCAGAACCUGGGCUUUGUCUUCUCAGGGAGGACCCCGGACGGCGUCAUCAUCAAAUCUCUGGGCCAGGAGGAGAAAUACGACCUGCUGAACGUGCUGGAGUUUAACAGCAACCGGAAGAGGAUGUCAGUUAUCAUGCGCACGCCUUCUGGCCGGAUCCGGCUGUAUUGCAAAGGAGCUGACACGGUCAUUUACGACAGGCUGGCCGACAGCUCCAGGUACAAGGACAUCACGCUGAAGCACUUGGAGCAAUUUGCUACCGAGGGGCUGCGCACGCUGUGCUACGCGGUGGCCGACAUCUCUCAGGCGGCGUACCAGGAGUGGCUGGACGUGUACCAGCGCGCCUCCACCGCCAUCAACAACCGCGCGCUGAAGCUGGAGGAGAGCUACGAGCUCAUCGAGAAGAACCUGCAACUAUUGGGGGCCACAGCCAUAGAAGACAGACUCCAGGACAAAGUCCCUGAGACCAUUGAAAUGCUUAUGAAGGCCGACAUCAAGAUCUGGAUCCUGACCGGGGACAAGCAGGAGACCGCCAUUAACAUUGGGCACUCCUGCAAGCUGCUCACUCGUAACAUGGGCCUGGUGGUGAUCAACGAGGGCACGCUGGACGGCACCCGGGAGACGCUGAGCCGGCACUGCGGCAUGCUGGGAGACGCCCUGCACAAGGAGAACGACUUUGCGCUCAUCAUCGACGGGAAGACGCUCAAGUACGCCCUCACCUUCGGCGUGCGCCAGUACUUCCUGGACCUGGCCCUGUCCUGCAAGGCGGUCAUCUGCUGCAGGGUGUCCCCGCUGCAGAAGUCUGAGGUGGUGGAGAUGGUGAAGAAGCAGGUGCGUGUGAUCACUCUGGCCAUCGGCGACGGCGCCAACGACGUGGGCAUGAUCCAGACCGCUCACGUGGGCGUGGGCAUCUCGGGCAACGAGGGCCUCCAGGCCGCCAACUCCUCGGACUACUCCAUCGCCCAGUUCAAGUACCUGAAGAAUCUACUGCUGGUUCACGGAGCCUGGAACUACAACCGUGUCGCCAAAUGCAUCCUCUACUGCUUCUACAAGAACAUAGUCCUAUACAUCAUUGAGAUCUGGUUCGCCUUCGUUAACGGGUUCUCCGGCCAAAUCCUGUUCGAGCGCUGGUGCAUCGGCUUGUACAACGUGAUCUUCACAGCCCUACCUCCGCUGACCCUGGGGAUAUUCGAGCGCUGUUGCAGGAAAGAGAACAUGCUGAAGUACCCAGAGCUCUACAAGACUUCCCAGAAUGCCAUGGGCUUCAACACCAAGGUCUUCUGGGCCCAUUGUCUGAAUGGCCUCUUCCACUCUGUCAUCCUCUUCUGGGUCCCGCUGCAAGCCUUCCGGCAUGAUACGGUGUUUGGAAACGGAAGAACGCCUGACUACCUCCUCUUAGGGAACAUGGUUUACACAUUUGUGGUGAUCACGGUGUGUCUGAAAGCUGGCCUUGAGACUUCUUCUUGGACUAUGUUCAGUCACAUCGCCAUCUGGGGCAGCAUCGGUCUGUGGGUGGUGUUCUUCAUAGUGUAUUCCUCCCUGUGGCCUCUCAUCCCCCUGGCCCCGGACAUGUCGGGAGAGGAGGACAUGAUGCUGAGUUCCGGAGUGUUCUGGAUGGGGCUUUUCUUCAUUCCCAUCACCUCCCUGGCCUUUGACGUGCUGUACAAAGUAGUAAAAAGGUCCUGUUUCAAGACCCUGGUGGAUGAGGUGCAGGAACUGGAGGCAAAGUCUCAGGACCCUGGAGCAGUGGUUCAUGGGAAGAGCCUGACAGAGAGAGCCCAGCUUCUGAAGAACGUGUUCAAGAAGAACACAGUGUCCAUGUACCGUUCCGAGUCCAUGCAACAGAACCUGCUCCACGGCUACGCGUUCUCUCAGGACGAGAACGGAGUGGUGUCCCAGUCGGAGGUGAUCCGGGCGUACGACACCACCAAACAGCGCUCAGAGGAGUGGUGAAGCCCCGCCCCCCGGGAGGACACCCACACUUGAAGCGCCGUGCUCCAGCCGCGCGUUGGAGAAAGCCAACAGGAAGUGACAGUUGCGUCCACUUCCUUGAGCUCUUAUUUUUUCGCCGAGCGAGAGAGAAAACAGCAGAGGCGGUUUCUGACGGGCGGGAAAGGGGGAAUCACGAGAAACAAGACAUUUACAAAAAAAUAAAACAACAAAAAAAUAAAAAUUGUUCACUUUCUGUUGUUGUGACAUGAGCACUGAGCUUACGUUCCAAGUCUGUGGUCUGAGGUUUCUCACUUUGACCACUCAGUCAAAAGGUGAGAUACUCUUUGUUGUUUCAGUUUUUCGGGUUUUUUUUCUUUAUAUUGUUGGCUCAUGUUGAGUAUUUUUAGAAGCAAACCUAGAGGGCUGUGCUGAAGAGCUCUUUUUAUGGUUUCAUUGGAAAGUGAGUAAAUGUUAAAUGCACUGAAGGUUUCUUGACUUGGACUCCCACGUUGGAGGUGGUGAAAAUGACUGAAUGAGAUGCAAAAGAAAAUUGUGCUUUUUUCUUGGAGGUUCAGACACCACUCCAUGAAAACUGGAAUCUGAAAAAUAAUAAUUCUAGAGUCUAGAUUGCCAAAGAACAAAAAAGUGUGUGCAGUGUUUUGUCGCAACUGCAAUCUGACAUUCACAGAUGCAGUUUAAACUUGAAAUAUUAAAAUCUUAACUGAAAUAUUAUGUACAAUCCGAAAGCCUACUGAAUUGUUCUGACACUCCAGAAUGGGAUUCUAGUGUUGAAUGAACCUCCACAAACUGUACAUUCUUGUAACAGUUAUUUAUUUUUGUGUUAUUUUUGCACUCAAUGUUAUGUAAUGUCUAUGGUGAUAUACCAAGCCUUGAAGGCCUUAUGUGUGGCAUUCUAUUGACUUUAGGCGUUUAAUUUUUAUUUGAGAAGUGGUUCGUUCAUUGUGCCUGUCAAUUUAUUUUCUUUUCAUUCUUUCCAAAAGUCACCGUCAAGAGUUAUGAAAGUUUUUUUUGCAUUCAAACCAUUUUGUACACUGCUUCAGUUGCUCUUAACAGUUAAUUUCAUUCCACACGUUCCUUGGCUGCAACUAUCACAACAGUGCCUACCAAAAUAUUUCCCUGACAGAAAGUAUUUCAGAUGAAACAGGCUAUUAUUAUUCAGCUCUGACUGAACAUCCAACAGGAGAGAGAAAAACCUGUCUUUCAGUCCUCAAGCCUAUACACUGCAAAAUGGCGGCUAAGGGCCAGUUUUGUCCGACGUGGGACACGGGUGCUUUGCUCAUGGGGCACUUUUUAAAUAAAAAUACAAUGGCAGUACAGAGAGGGGGAUGGGGGUUUGGAGGUGAAACCACAUUAAAUUUAUUUUCGCGUACAUGGCCCUCUUUUCUCUCUAUUUUUGUUCUUAGACAAAAACCUUCUUACAAUGCAGAGUACAUCCCUUGAAACAUAAGUGCCAUUAGCUUGGGGGGGGGGGGGGGGGGUCAGUUUGCCAGGUAUCGACCGUACACGAUAACAGUGUCUUGAUAGUCAUAUUUUUAUAUAGGUCAAGUACACAUUUUACAUUUACGUGCUUUGUAUGGAUUGUGCACUCAUUUGGAUAUUUAAUUUGUUUACCAGACUGACAAAUGUCUUACCACACUUUGUGUGAAUGGUGGUACUAUUAUUAUUAUUAUUAUUAUUAUUAUUAUUAAGGUCAACUUUGUCUGUGUGUUCUCUUCUCCCUACGGGAGAUAGGUUGCUGUAUUUAGUGUGUUUGUGUUCCUGCAAGUUGAGAGUAUUAUUUGUAGGUAAUAGUCCGUCCGUGUGCGCAUGCGUGAGGUCAGGUGUGCUGAGGUGUACUGUGGGUGUGUGUUAUUUGUGUUCCUUUGUGUGUGAGCACGUGUGUGUGUGUGUGUGUGUGUGUGUGUGUGUGUGUGUGUGUGUGUGUGCGUGUGUGUGUAUGAGUGUGCGUUCGCUGCUCCGUGUGCAUGACGCCGCGUGUCUCCCAGCUACUGCAUGGCCACAGUGGGGUCCCGUGGGUCUCGGUCAGCACCCAGGCCCUCAUACCCACCCUCCCAAAAACCAUAGUGAGGGGCGAGCGAGGGGGUUAUCUUUCCAAGCCAACGCUGAACGUUUAAUGUGGCUGUUUGGAACCUCUAACACCUGUUUCUCCUGUUGCAUACGCAUUGUGUUUCCGCCGCGUGGCUGUGUGUUGUGGUCAAAAGCAUGCUUUAACUUUUGACAAUGUGUCUUGGGAUGCAUCAUUUCAGAAUUUUAACUCCUUUUGUAAAAGUUGAAAAAAAUAUAUAUCUAUAUAUUCACUUCACACAACCAGUGCAACCAAUGUAUCUGAUAAGGAAUAUCUGGUGUUGUUUUCUGACUCAAGGCAUUGUGGUUUUUGCUUGUUAAGAUUUUUAAAAAAUGAAUACUAUUUUUUUUCUCUAUAUAUAGAAUUUCUGUCUAGUCAGACCUUCUAUCAUGAUUCCAAAACUCUUUGAAUGUUAGUCCUCUGAUGUGAAAGUGAGGCAUGAACUGGACACAGGAAGUGCGCGAUGGAGAAGGCCGUGUUUUGCUUCCUAAACCGUGUGUCAGUGAAAGUCUGUGGCUGCAUGACUGGGUUUCAGUGUUAACGGUUCUCUGUUUCUCCCUCGGGUGACCAAUGCGUUGAAGGAAGAAAAAAAAAUUGCACUUUUUUUCAAUUUGGUCGUUUGGUUGUCGUUUAUACUGUUGUCCUUAUUUGUCCUGACUUACAGGUUUUUGGCUUCUGUUGUGAUUCUUCUGCAUGUAGCGACUGCAAAUUUUAAAUGUUCUGUCUUUAACUGCCAUGAAGGACUACUGAAAUAAACGUUACAAGUGGGGAAAAUA